AUGACAAAUGAGAAUCCAGUCAACUCAGUCAAGUUCGAGUUCAUCGAGCUCACGGAGACAUCCAUCAAGUUCGCACUCCAGUGCAACGUCUCCUUCGCAAACGGACUGAGAAGAAUCCUCCUAGGCGAACUGGCGACCCUCGCAAUCGACUACGUCGAAAUCACAGAAAAUACCUCAGUCUUCGCUGACGAAAUGGUCGCAAAUAGACUGGGACUGCUUCCACUCGAUGAUCGAAUCAGUCUCAUCGAGAAGGACGCGUGUGACUGCGACGAGCACUGUGAGAAGUGUGCAGUCGUAUUCCAGUUGAACAGGACGAACAAUACGGUGGAAAACAUGGACGUGUUGGGAAGGGACUUGACGAACUCGCAUGGGCUCCAAAUGGGAGGAAGCAACGUGUUGAUCUGCAAAUUGGCACCAAAGCAGUCGAUAAAGCUGAGAUGCGUGGCCAGGAGAGAGAGCUGCGUGAGUGCGAAUUCGAGGCAUGCGAAAUUCAGUCCAGUGACAGCAGUGGCAUUCAGCUACGACGAGGAGAACGUGAAGAAGCACACGGUGCUGUGGAAGGAGAACAACGAGACGGUGGGAGAGUCGUGGCCAUUCGUGAACGAGGACAGCGGUGUCUACGAUCUCAGGAAGGUUGAACGUGUUGUGAUGAACGUAGAGGUCGUAGAGGGAGUUGGGAAGCCAAAGGAGAUUCUUAAAAAGGGGUUGGAACUGUACAAGAAGAAGUUUGAGAGAAUAUUGGAUGCAUGA